UGAUGUUCCCGCUCUCACUUCUGUAAAGACGUGGUUGAGCGAGAACUUCUCCAUGAAAGACUUAGGGGAUGCUAGUUAUGUCCUUGGCAUAAGAAUCUACCGAGAUAGAUCAAGAAAGUUAAUAGGUCUAAAUCAAAGUACAUAUAUAGAUAAAAUCCUUGAUCGAUUUAGCAUGUCUAACUCAAAGAAAGGAUCUUUACCUAUGACACCUGGCACGGUUCUUUCCAAGAGCCAGAGUCCUUCUACUCCCGAGCAAAAGGAACUCAUGAUGAAGGUUCCAUACGCCUCUGCGAUUGGAUCCAUCAUGUACGCCAUGAUAUGUACUAGACCUGAUGUCUCAUUCGCUUUAAGCGUGACCAGCAGAUACCAGGGAAGUCCAGGAGAAGCACACUGGACAGCGGUCAAGAACAUCCUCAAGUAUCUUCGCAAUACUAAGGAUGCAUUCCUGGUAUACGGUGGUGAGGAAGAGCUAAAGGUGGUCGGUUACACUGAUGCUAGCUUCCAAACCGACAGAGACGAUUCAAAAUCACAAGCAGGAUAUUUGUUUUGCCUGAAUGGUGGAGCUUUUAAAAUGCCUAAGUAUGCCAAAUUCCUUAAGGAGUUGUUAGCAAAUAAAAAGCCUCGAUUUGAUCCUGUAGUUGCCAAUCUGAGUGCUGAAUGUUCGGCAGUUCUCACAAAGAAUUUGCCAAAGAAACAAAAAGACCCAGGCAGUUUUACCAUUCCUUGUUCCAUAGAUAAUGUUGCUUUUAAUAAUGCCUUAGCCGAUUUAGGAGCGAGCAUUAAUCUUGUGCCAUCUUAUGUUGCUCAAAAGCUAGUAAUAAAAGAACUCUUGCCUACUAGGAUGUGUAUUCAACUUGCUGAUAUUUCUGUUACUUAUCCUUUAGAGAUAGCAAACCAAGAACAUGUUUCUUGCAAUCUUGUAAAUGCUAUUGAUGCUUUAGAUGACUUCUGGUUUGGCACCUCUUCUGUUGAAGAUGGCCCACGUGACGAAGGUAUUAUAAGCAUGGCCAAUUCAGCAGAAGAGAAAUAUGUUGAGUUGAUGGAGUUGUGUGAUAAGGUUUUACAUGAAGAAGAGAAUGCAGAGCAAGUUUUGGGUGUUCAGGCUGAGGAAGAUGAAGAAGAAGAAGAAAGUGAACCUGAGCCUACUCCUGAACUAAAACCCUUACCCUCCCACUUGGAGUAUGCAUUCUUAGAUGAAGAAGAGAAGUGCCCAGUCAUUAUUGCAUCCGACCUAACCGAGGAGCAGAAGGGUAAGUUAAUAGAUAUUCUGAAGCUUUAUGGGCAUGUUAUCGCUCGAAGGCUUGAGGACCUUAAGGGAACUAGUCCAACCUUCUGCACCCAUAAGAUUUUUAUUGAAGAAGGGAAGAGACCGAUGGCGCAACAACCACGAAUGUUGAAUCCCAAUCUUAGGAAGGUCGUAAAGAAAGAGAUCAUGAAGCUUUUAGAUGCAGAUCCCAAAUCUUUUCAAUCCCAUAAAUCAAGCUAAUCACACCUUUAAUGCAUUGGUCCGUUGGAGCCUAUUUUGGCACUAUAAAAAGGGGUGUUUGGGACUGCUUUUCUCACCAAUUCACUUCACAAUAUUCAUACUUUCAUUGCAUUCAAACAACACUCUUUUCCAUAGCUUUUUAGAGCCAUUUUGUGUGAAGGUUGAGUUGUUCUUGAGCGUACUUAGUUUACUCAUCAUCUACUCUAUAAGAGAGUCUCGUUC